AUGUUCUCCACCAGGAAAAACAGCUUACCUUCACCCAGCCUGGAGGACUCCUUCUUUCCCCUCUCUUCCGCCUCCUCAAUGGCUCUCUCCUUUGGUCUACCCUCAUCUUCAUCUUCCUCUGGCAGUGGGGACAGUGGAGCUAUCGACACUGACCUUAUCCUCGCUGCAGAGCUCGGCCAGGCGUUACUGGAGAAGAACGAGGAGCUGGCAGCGUCUCUUGAGCAGACGGAGAAGGAGGUGGAGGUAAGGAGAACGCUACACUGCGUUCAGGUGCUGGCUGAAGACGGAGAGGUUCACGUCUCCCUCUGUAAUGGACAGGGUGGGACACCGGUGGACCAGCCCAGGCGUGAGCGGCACAACAGCUGGCAGGUGGUCGCCAUGGCGGCCGAGGCGCAUCUGAUCCUCAGCGCUGUGUGUCCGUUUGAAAGUGAGAACCAUCAAAGCUACAAGUGCACCGGAUACAGGAGCCAAGAUAAGGGCUUCCAUGUGGAGAAAGCUUUGCUCCAUGUGUUUGCUCGCAGCGCCCCCUACACGCCUGUUCCAGUAGUUCAUAUGGAGGAGGUCGUUGACGGGGAGAAGGUCCACUACAACGUACCAUCCGAGCUCAGCGAUCACCUGUUCAGGAAGUUCCUCUGCUCAGAUUCUAUCCAUCCUGUGAAGUUGGUGCAGGACUUUGUUCUCGCGGGACUGGCAGAAGACUGGUCGGUCUCAAUGACAGCAGAAUCUGAGUCGUACCUCGUCGCAGCCAAACGGCUGCAGACGUGCUGCCACGGCGUUGAUGCCUCACAGUGCUACUGGAUCCACCAGCUCCAGAAAGACCUCACCUCUCCUGCUGCAGACGAAGACCCGGGCUCCUCAAACACAGCGGACGCUUCAGGUAAAGAGAGCAGAACGAGGAGAGGAGCUGAGAGCUUACGGCCUGCGUUUUCCCUCGAUGUAAACCCUGAAGUGGGAGGUGAACUUUAUUUACUGCGUCCAUCGCUGCUCCUUCAGUUGGAAGAGCUUCUGACUAAAAGAGAAGAGAUCAUGAAUAAUAAAAGGCUUCAGGGGAUAAAUGAAGGGGAUAAACAAAUAUGUGAGGCUGAAAUAAAUAAAGAUGAGGCCCAUGAGAGUUGUAAUGGGAUUAGUGGCUCGUUGUUUGGUUUUAGCGGUGUGGUGUUCAGGAACGUGCCCGUCAGCCUCUGGGCUCUGCCUGCCUUUCACCAACUGCUCCUCAGACCUUCUGUCCCUUCUCACACCGAGACAAUCAAGAAGCUCGGACAUAAGCUUGAAAAACUCCUCGCUCCCUACGGCAUCUCCAUGGUAACAGAGGGAGGAGGCCUGCGUCUAACAGCUCAGCCGAUGGGUUUGAUCGGUCAAGUGUUUGUAAGCGACGCAGCCAACAACCACGUCACCAUCGUCGUGUCUCUUAAUCUGGACCUCCUCGCCGCCCUCCUGUUUUCACUCCCCGACUGGCGGUUGCUCUGGUGUCACAACUCGCGUUUCAUAAAGCAGUUUUCACUCCCGCCACCACCCGGGACGCCUUUCCGCCCUUUUUCUCUUUUCCCCGAGUCCUUCAGCUUUGACAUGAGUUUCUGGUCAGGCCCUGCGUGGGACGAGAAGCUGUUUCACGCAGCGGUCCGAGAGGCCAGCCAUGGCACCGUGGAGCAAGUGAAACUCGUCGACACGUUCUCGCACCCGGACCUGAGCCAGACCAGUUUCUGCUACAGACUCACCUACUGCUCACACACACACGCCGUGUCUCACACACAGGCGCUGACGUUUCACAAACAGCUGCAGCUCUUACUCACCUCCCGGCUGCAGCUCACCAUCAGGUAGCUCAGAAACGUCUUACUCUGAGUGUUCG